AACAACAAAUCAAAUCCAUCAUAAAAAAAGACUUGGUCUUUCCACUCUCUGCCUUUCUCACUUAUCCAAAGCAAAGCUCGCCUUCUCCUUCUCUCUCUCUCAUUUUCAGAUUCCUCAGCCUUUUCCAUUUCUCACUGCUACCAUGAGUGACAAGGGAGACAAGUUAUGCCCAUUGUGUACUGAGGAGAUGGAUUUGACAGAUCAGCAAUUGAAACCAUGCAAAUGUGGUUAUGAGAUUUGUGUUUGGUGCUGGAAUCACAUCAUGGAAAUGGCUGAAAAGGAUAAUACUGAGGGUCGUUGCCCUGCAUGCCGUUCAUUCUAUGACAAAGAAAGAAUUGUGGGGAUGGCUGCAAACUGUGAAAGACUGGUUGCUGAAAUAAAUUCUGAAAGAAAACUAAAAUCAACGAAGGUGAAGGCAAAACUAUCUGAAGGAAGGAUGCAUCUUACCAAUGUUAGAGUUAUUCAACGGAAUCUAGUGUACUUAAUUGGAUUACCGCUCAACCUUGCAGAUGAAGCUGUUCUUCAGCAAAGAGAGUACUUUGGCCAAUAUGGAAAGGUGCUGAAGGUGUCUAUUUCUAAAACAGCAACUGGGGUUAUUCAACAUUCUUCAAACAAGAGUUGUUGUGUGUAUAUAACAUAUUCAAAAGAGGAGGAGGCUGUUCGUUGUAUUCAAUCAGUGCACAGUUUUGUCCUAGAAGGUAGAACCUUAAGGGCAUGUUUUGGAACCACAAAAUACUGCCAUGCAUGGCUUAAAAACAUGCCUUGCAGCAUUCCAGAUUGCUUGUAUUUACAUGAAUUUGGAACUCAGGAAGAUAGUUUUACGAAAGAUGAUUUAGUUUCUGCAUUUACAAGGAGUAAAGUUCAACAAAUUAUUGGUGCUACAAAUAAUUUGCAUCGUCGUUCAGGAAAUGUCUUACCACCCCCAGCAGAUGAGUAUACCGAUGGAAACAUAAUAUCAACAGCCAAACUCAACUCCAAAAGUUCUUUAAAUCAGAAGAUUGGAAACUGUGAUAGUGGACCCUGUGCUGAUAGUGGUACUGAAACAUCUGAUACAUUUCCUGGGACAGCCUCAUGGGUCAUGAGUGUCUCUUCGGGUGCAGCAUUGGCUACAAAUUUGUUAGGUUCUGGAUCUUCAGAUUUUUAUGGAACUCUGAAUCAUAACCCUGAUACAUCAAGUGGAACCCAAGUUUUUGCAUCUGAAGUUUUGAGCACCAAAAAAUCUAGUGAUGCAAAGAAAACUAUGAUAUCUGAAGGAAGUUGUGAACUGCAUCCUAUCCUUGUGACAUCCAGAAAUGUUGCUAUGCCACCUGUGGGUGUAAGCUCUUUAGGACUUAACAAACCAUCCUGUUUUCUGGAUGAAGAUGGAGACUUUCAGGGAGUAUGCUCUGCAAUAUCAUCAAUUAGGAUUGAUAGCCAUCUUAAGAAUGAGAACUCUAAUCCAGUUAUUUCAGGAAGUUCAAUUUAUAAUCAUAAUCUACCAGUAAGUCAGGGUUCACAACAAGAUGUGAGCCUACCUGUGAAGUCUUCAGCCUUACCAGCACUAAGGGAAAACUUAAUUGUCAAGGAUUUAUUUGGUGAUCAGCAUCUUAAAGGUUCAGGCGACGUGAAUAAUGUGCCAUCCACGUCUUGUCUACUUCCUCCACAACAGAAUUUGAAAGAGUCAGGCUUUAAUUCUUUGAAGCAGGGUCAGAUUAGUUAUGAGAGUAAUUUUAAUGCCUAUCCAAGCACUGCACCCAUUGAAUGUGAAGCUGAUGUUGUUCCAUUGAGAGCUGUCCAGCCAGGAAAGUCCAGUGAAUUCUGUGACAACCAACCUAGUAGUGGCCUGCAGAUGGAUGGGACUUCUAAUUAUUCUGUUGUCUUCUCAGACACUGGAUUAGGGAAGUGCUUGGAGGGAGGCAAUAAUAGUGAAGGUAGUCCUAACAAUAAAGUUGCACCAGAUGUGGGGGAAAACAACAUUAUCUCAAGUAUUCUUGCUAUGGAUUUUGAUGCAUGGGAAGAUACAUUAACGUCACCUCAGAGUUUAGUUAAGUUGCUGGCUAAAACUGAUAGACAGCAUAGUUCCCUGAGAAUACCAAAUUUAAGAAAAGUACAAGAUGGCAAUCAGUCAAGGUUCUCAUUUGCCAGACAGGAUGAUUUCUUUGACCAAGACUCUAAAUUGGGACAUACAGUUCCUGAUGCAAUCAAUUGUUCUACCUUACAACAUUAUAAUGAGAACAAGGACGUUUGCAUGGACAGACAUUAUGAUAUUUCUUCAAAUGGUGGUUCUGUGGAUUCCAAUAGUUUUCUCAGCAGCAAUCCUUUUUUGGCUUCUAAAUUUUCUGUUGCCAAAGCUCCAGCAUCUCCUCCGCCAGGAUUUACACUUCCAAGCAGAGCAGUACCGCCGGGAUUUCCUACUAAUGGGGCAGUGAACUAUGAUGCAAGCUGUUUGCGACAAAAUCCUUCACCAUUACCUGGGAAUGCUGGCAUCUCUGUUGAUGUUGAAUUCAUGGAUCCUGCAAUAACGGAAGCUGGUAAGGGGACACAGGCAGUGAGGCUGAAUAAUCCAGGCUUUGGCAUGAGGCCAGCUUUAUCGCCUCAUCUGGGUACUUUUGAUCAUGAUAUGGAGCUUCAGAUGGUGAUGCAGCAACCUGUUUCUGUCAAACAGAACCCUAGGUUCCUGGAUCAUUUCAGGAAUAGAUUCUCUCCCCCAGAUAAUGCUUACAAUAUUUCAUCAAUGCUUCUGGGUCAAUCCCCACCCAACAGUCCGUCUCCAUUUGCACAAGUGUCGACUCAACAGGUUAGAAAUUGGCAAAUGUCCCAUGGCUGUUGGGGUGGAUGGGAUGAAAUCAAGAGUGGCAAUCUAGGUAUGUCUGAAUUGUUAAUGAAUGGAAGGCUGGGAUUCAACAAAAUUUUUCCAAGUCAUGAGGAUUUGAAGUAUCAGAUGUCCAGUUCCAACAAUCUAUACAACAGAGGAUUUGCAUAGUAAUUUUUGUUGAAAAUGGAAUUCUUGAUCCUUGAACAAUGCGGCUGGAAGACUUGGGUUUGAACUGUUUGAAUGACGUUGAGUCUCUCGACUUUUGUGCACGUUGGUUUGUUGGCAAACAACAUAGGUCAAGUUGGGUCCAAAGGUUCUGUUAGCCUUAGAGUGGCAGGCUUAAAGGAUUGACGGUGUUGCUCCUCUCACUUUAGAGAGUGGCUGGCUCAAAGUUCAAAGGAUUGACACAGUUGCUCCUCUCACCCUUAGGAGUGGCAGGCUCAAGAAUUUACGCUUUGUUCCUCUGAUUGACACUGUUGUUCCUUAUAUCUCAUCUUUCCAUGGUGAAGCAGGAGCAUGAGUUUUGUUAUAGGCAAAGGGUAUCUGGCAGGAAAACCCAUAUGACAAUAUACGUUUGGAUUGAAAUCCCUUAUCCCUAUGAAAAAAAAAAGAGAAAUCCCUCUUAUCCACUUGUUGGAUGGAGAAAAGGAAAAUUAGAGAUCUACAGCUCAAUGUCUACUGGACAAAUUGGCUUGGCAAACUCAUCGUUGAAAUCACAAGAUUUCUCUCAGAUAUAAGUGCGAAUUGGAGUUUGUAGAAAAGAAAGUUUGCAUCAAUUUAUUUAUUGUUCUUCUCGGGACUUGAACAUCUAGCACUGGCUUACUAGGACUUUCCUUUUUUCAGUGGUUAAGCAAUUUUUUUUCCUUGC